CGUGCGCAGUUUCAAUCAAUGACCUUGGCGUGCGCUGCUUCACUUCCCGAGCGAGCGAUAUCGGGUAAAGUUGGUGCAGCUGUGGUGCGUUUUAGGAAUUUAAUUUCGACUUCUACACUUCGUCGCUCAUCUAACCAUGGUCAAGAUGGAUCACGACGAUGGAAAAAAUGAGCCCGAACAUGUUCGAAAAUUAUUCAUCGGUGGUUUGGACUAUAGGACCACUGACGAUUCUCUUAAAAAACAUUUUGAACAAUGGGGUGAAAUUGUCGAUGUUGUAGUCAUGAAGGAUCCGAAGACUAAGCGGUCGCGAGGCUUCGGAUUCAUUACCUACUCCCGUGCUCACAUGGUCGACGAUGCUCAAAAUGCAAGACCUCAUAGAGUAGACGGACGUGUUGUGGAACCAAAACGUGCAGUCCCUCGACAAGAGAUCGGAAGGCCCGAAGCUGGGGCGACGGUCAAGAAAUUGUUUGUUGGCGGACUGAAAGACGAUCAUGAAGAAGAAGAUCUCCGUCAGUAUUUCCAAGCGUUUGGUAGUAUUAAUUCUGUCAGCAUUGUCACAGACAAAGAAAGUGGAAAGAAGCGAGGUUUCGGAUUCGUUGAAUUCGACGAUUAUGAUCCAGUGGACAAGAUCUGCCUGCAGCGUAAUCAUCAAAUCUGUAACAAACACGUUGAUGUCAAGAAGGCGCUAAGCAAAGCUGAAAUGGCUUCCGCCACUGGUGGUGGCGGCGGCGGGGGCGGCAGAGGAGGCCAAGGAGGCGGACGCGGCCCACGAGGUAGCAAUCAGGGAGGUGGCAAUUGGGGAGGCCGAGGUGGCGGCGGUAGCGGAGACUGGAACAACGGUGGAAACCAGGGUGGAUACGGAGGCGGUAAUCAAGGUGGAUGGGGAGGCAACGGACCUUGGGAGAACCAAAAUCAAGGGGGUGGCUGGGGAGGCCAAGGAGGACAAGGAGGCUACAACAGCGGCGGAAACUGGAGCAAUGAUAAUUUCGGAGGUGGUUACCAACAAGGCUAUGGUGGUGGACCCGUUAGAAACAACUUCAAUGCUGGUGGAAGACCUGCGCCUUACGGUGGUGGACCAAUGGGUGGCAAUACAGGCGGAGGCGGCGGUGGCAGCGGAGGUGGUGGCGGCUACGGCGGUGGCGGUGGCGGCAAUCAAGGAGGAUACGGUGGCAAUCCCGUAGGAGGUGGCAAUAUGGGCGGCGGCGGCGGCGGCGGUGGUGGAAGGAGAUAUUAAACCACCCAGCGCAGUUCUUCGCAACGCUACGCUCCCUCAGAUGGUGACCCCUUGUCUACUAGUCGCCAGUACUUCUGUACUGUUUAGUUCGGAGCAGGCAGGGCUAAGGCUAGUCAGACAGGACCAGGCAGGCCAAUCAGGAUUCAGGAAAGAAGCGUCACCCGUUAGAUCGCAGUGAUGAGGGAGGCUUAUGCGUAACCGUAUAUUACAUUUGAAACGUUGCAUCUACCCCAGCCGCACGUAGAACUAUCAACCAGAAUCGCAAUAACAAAAUUGUGUACCGCAAUAGAUAGAAAGCAGGAGACAGAGAGAGAGAGAGAGAGAGAGACAGAGAGAAACGCGGUGGUCGGCUUGAAGUUGCGUGCUACGCCGCCGUAAUAACUUGGCAAAAAUGCGUAUAAUAUUUAAAUAGUCGUUAUUCACACACGUUUCACACACACACACUGCACUGAAAUGAUACGUAUAAUUUGAUACGCCUUUGCCCGAUUACAUUUACACAAAAACCAUACACACAGACACACGUACAUAUAGAAGAUUUAUAGGUGUAAAACGAAUAUGACAGAGAAAAAAAGAAAAGCAAAAACGGUCCAUGUAAGAAUCUAGGUUUUACAAAAAUGAUGCAGAUUUGUUAUCAUAGAGGAAAUAAAAA